AUGGGGGGUCCGGUACCAGUUAGGGAGCCAACCAUCAACCUGGAGGCGACGAUUGAUCGAAACGGGAAAGCAACCGGGUAUAGGGGUUUCGGGGUACCACACUGUAGGUACGGUACCGUAGAUCAAGUCGUUGUUGGUAAACAACAACUUCCCAUGCUGUGGGCCAAGUUCCGGAUGGUGACGAUAGCCAGAUCUGGCCAAUCGAACGGCCCGCUUGUCAACAAGGUCUGCUGCGGGCGGGGGUUGCUACGCCGGAGAAGGUGA